AUGCCACUUGCUGAGACUCUGCAGCCUGAUACAACGGACGGGGUUUUUCCCCAACGACAUUCGACGACUUUCGUGAACAUUGCUGCGUUUCAAGCUGUUUCGCGGCAACUCCUGCUGGGCAAGACUAAAUUCAAAGACGCAUAUCCGGCGACACGCUUGACGAUACUCGCCAUGGCCUUUCCUCAACCCCGUCGUCGUAGCGAUUUCCAAGUCGCUAUUAUUUGCGCGCUGCCUCUUGAAUACGACGCCGCUGCUCUGGCAUUUGAUCAGUUCUGGUCCUGGGAUCAGAUAGAAAGUGGCUCGGAAGGCCACGACAACUACAGAAUCGGCCGGAUCGGACGCCACAAUGCCGUGUUGGCACUGCUUCCCGGCAUGGGAAAGGUUAAUGCAACGAGCGCAGCGACCAGUCUCAAAGCUACCUUUGAUGGGCUCAAGUUGGCCAUCUUGACAGGCAUUUGCGGCGGAGUGCCCCGACCCAAGACGGGCAACGAUGAGAUUAUGUUAGGGGACGUGGCCGUCAGCAAAGGCAUCGUACAGUACGACUUUGCCCGACAAUAUCCUGACAGGUUGGCUAGAAAAGACACAUUAGGAGACAACCUUGGAAGACCGAAUAAGGACAUACGUACUCUUCUCGCUACAUUUGAGACACAGCUUGGCCUGGAUGACUUGCAGUACCAGGCCGCACAAGCCUUAAGUGGAAUCCAGCAAAAGGCCAUCGACACAGGACACAGGAUCGGAUAUAAUCGCCCUACAGAAGUUGGAGAUGUGCUUUUCGAACCGGACUACGUUCACAGACAUCGAGAUCAUCGGGGCUGUGGCUGCUGUGAGUCUAACGCGUGUGAGCAGGCGAUCAGCGCGUCUUGCGAGGAGAUCCAAUGUGACACUGGACAUUGCGUACCCAGAAGACCUCUCGCACCUGGGAGGAAUCGGGAUUUCCGGAUACAUAUCGGCCACAUAGGAUCAGGCGACACUGUGAUGAAGUCUGGUUUGCACAGGGAUGGGAUUGCUGCUGAGCACGGACUGAUUGCCUUUGAGAUGGAGGCAGCCGGUAUAUGGGAUGAGAUCCCUUGUAUCGUCACAAAGGGAGUAUGCGAUUACGCAGACAGUCAUAAGAACAAAAGUUGGCAGAACUUUGCAGCAGCUACGGGAGCAGCUACGACGAAGGCCAUCAUCGGCUUCUAUACUCCCAUGAAAAUGAUAGAAGCAUCUAGCUCAUGGUUCAUCGUCCCGUAUGGCCAGAAUUACGACUUUGUCAGCCGAACCGAUAUACUGGAUCAGAUAAAAAGACUAUUUGGGCACGACCAGUCUCCAACUCUCGCUACUAGAAGGCAACCACGGGUGGCGCUCCAUGGUCUUGGUGGUAUAGGGCGUACCUUUCCAUCGCCCAAGAAUGUCACAUACCAGGAUGUGAUGAUCCCAAAGCGGAUGUGCUUCCGCUCGUAA